AUGACUAUCCACGGCGUCCUCCGACGCGUCGUCCGCAAUGAUGCCAUCAAGAUCGACCCUCCCGAGAUCUACAACUGGCGCGUCUUGGCUCUAGCCGCUUCAGCAUGUUUCGCCGGAGCCCUCUUCGGUGUCGAUGCGGGUAUCAUCGGAGGUGUGCUGGAGAUGCCAGACUUUAAGCAUCAAUUCGGUCUCGACACCCGCCCUCCAAGUGCCGCUGCCGACCUGUCUGGCAACCUCGUCACCACAAUGCAAGCCGGCGCCGUCGGUGGAGCUCUCGUCUCGAGCCCAUUUGCAGACAUGAAGGGACGAAAGCCCGCCCUGCUCGCUGUCGCGGUCACCGGCCUCAUCGGCGGCCUCAUGCAAGCGUUCUCCUACGGCCACUUGCCGGUCUUUUAUAUCGGGCGGUUCAUUGAGGGUCUCGGCCUCGGUGCAGGAACCAUGCUGGCGCCAACAUAUGUGUCUGAGAACUCUCCUCGCGCUAUUCGUGGCUUCCUUGUCGGCUUCUUCCAGCUGCUCCUCGUCAUGGGUGGUAUGAUGGCGUACUUUAUCAACUACGGAUCUCAUUUACAUCUACCGGGCAAAGCGUCUUGGAUGGUACCUCUGGCUUGCCAGUCCCUCUGCCCACUGUUACUUUUGAUCAGCAUGCUGUUCUGCCCCGAGUCACCUCGAUGGUUGGCAUCCCAGGACCGAUGGGACCAAGCUAGCGACGUCUUGUCUGACGUGAGGCACCUCCCGACCGAUCAUCCAUACAUUCAGCAGGAGCUGCUUGAGCUGCGCACGCAGAUCGAGCAAGAGCGAGCCAUCAUGCAGGAUACGGGCUUCUGGGCGAUUCAGAAAGAGUGCUGGACGAUUCCUUCGAACCGCAAACGAGCCUUGUUGACCAUUGGUCUCAUUACUUUCCAGCAAUGGAGCGGAACCGGUGCCAUCAACUAUUACGCACCCAAGAUGUUCAAGGGCCUCGGUAUUCAGGGUACUGACACAGCCCUGUUUGCACAAGGCAUUUAUGGCAUCGUCAAGGUCGUCACAUGUCUGAUAUUUGUGUUCUUCCUCGCCGAUUCUCUCGGUCGUCGAUGGUCAUUCAUGUGGAGUGGUGCCGUGCAGGGUUUCUGCUUCUUCUUCUUGGGGUUUUAUCUCCGAUUCGGCCCUACUCCCAAGGAGAACGAAACACCGCCGCCCAUCGGCAUCGCAGCGUUGGCCAUGAUCUACAUCUUCGCCGCCGCGUUCAACAUGGGCUGGGGUCCCGUCUACAAAGCGUGGGUGUAUGUGUCUGAGAUCCCGACCAACAGGCUCAGAGCUUACAACGUCGCGCUUGCAUCGCUCACGCACUGGCUACACAAUCUUGCCGUGUCAAAAGCGACUCCAUUCAUGCUUGUCUCGAGCCCCUAUGGAGCUUACUUCAUCUUUGGGUCCAUCAACAUCGUCAUGGCCAUCGCUGGCUGUUGGGUCCCAGAGACCAAGGGCAUCUCCCUGGAGCGUAUGGACGAGAUCUUUGGCACAGCGGACUUCUCGCACAUCGAGGAUGUUGGUCUGGCGGCAAGGCAUGCUGAAAAGGCUGGUGUUGACGGCGACCACGAGGAGGACUCGAAUCGGUCCAAAGUUUGA